CAGCAGUUGUCAAACCAACAGACGAGUUGAAGCUGACUGCCCGUCUUGAGAUUCACCUGAGAUCUCUACAGCCGAUAAAGCCGACUGACAGCUGAUCCAUCUGAUCAUCUGCAGCCUUCAUCAGAAACGGAUGUGAUACUUCUCAUAACCACACAACUAUUUCACACAUCCAUGUCACCUCCCAGGCUCUGUAAACGCUAUAAGUCUGUCAAGAUGAUGUGGAAACUGGUUUAUUUUAGCGCCAUUCUUCUUGGAGCACUCACAUCCCCAACCCCAUCUUCAACUCCCACCACUGAUGAAGGACCCUGUCACAUCUACAACUCCGGCCGCUCUGCAGACUGUCUGGGAAAACAGCUUGAAAGUGUGCCAUGGACACAGUUUCCUUCCACACUGGAAGACAUAGAUCUCUCCUACAACAAACUUCAAGCUGUCCUUGUUGACGACUUCCUCCGCCUCCCUCAGCUUCGCAUCCUUAAGCUGCAGUACAAUAACAUUUCACACAUUGACAAUGAUGCUUUUAAGAACAACACUCUGCUGGAGCAUCUUAACAUCUUCAAUAACUCCCUGCAAGAAAUUCCUGCCACAGCUCUGACUCCUCUGUUGAACCUAAAAGAGCUCUACAUGUCCAACAAUCUUUACAAACAUGCCACUUUGGCUGAUAGUUUCUCCAAAUUUGUCAAACUCAAAGUUCUGUCCAUGGGUGGCCCUCUGGUGAUGGGUCUAAAGAAAGGCGACUUCCAGCCCCUGAAGAACAUCAAGCUCCAAAGUUUUGCCAUCAAAUGUUCCUCCAAUCUAAGUUACUAUGAGCCUGGAAGUCUAGAAGUCAUUCGGACAACACAGAUGGGGUUUGAUAUGGCCAUAGAUCAACGGCCAAACGCCCUACAUCACAUGCUGCGUGACCUCGCCAACAAGACCUUCAUCGCCAUCCAGUUUCGCAACCUCUUUGAGUUCAUGUACUACAUGGGAGAACAAGACAUUUUCCAGGGUUUAAAAGACAUAACAGCAUAUCAGAUUAUAUUUCACAGAGGUAAAUUCAACGAGAACCUUCUGAGGAUGGCUUUAAUGAACUUACAGGGUGCCCCUAUUAGAAGGUUGAGACUUCAGUACAUCGACUUUGCCCGUUCACCCAUGUUUGUGGAUAGUGGAGCAGGUUCCAGUAUCACAGACCUGACGCUGGAUAAGUUGGACCUUUGGUAUAUCAGCAAUCCUGACGUAUUGCGAUUUGACUGGCGCUUCACCUGGUUCAAGAAAAUCAAGGAACUGUCUAUUCAGUAUGUGUACUUCAACUCCGUGCCUUGUGAUGCCUGGGUUGAGAUGGAAGGUGUGAAGAUUAUCGAUAUCUCCAACAAUCGCCUAAAGAAUGAGUUCAUCUUCAACCAGCGGUGUGAUUACAAGGGCGCCGUGCCAAAUCUUCACACCUUCGAUAUUAACACCAAUGAACUGACCAGUUUAAAAGACUUGUCAUUGCUUACAAGGGAGUUCAGGCAGCUCCGGGUUUUGGAUAUAAGCAACAACAAACUGGGAUCUGCUGAAGACAGCAAGGACUGUGUUUGGCAAAAUAAUAUCACACGGCUUAUUGCUCACCACAAUCAAUUUGUAAGUGAAUCCCUCCGUUGUCUGCCUACCACAGUGCACUACUUGGAUCUGUCCUACUGCAACCUGGACCAGCUGGACAUGGUAUACUUUGAGAAAGCCACCAACCUGAAAGAACUCCUGUUGAGUGGGAAUAAAAUCAAGUUCAUUCCAUCUAAGUGGGAAAGUCCGUCACUGCAGUCAUUGACUUUGGAUGGGAAUUCAUUUGGUCUCAUUAGCAAGGCAUCCUUCCAGGACAUGCCUCAACUGUCUCAUCUGAGGGCAGGAAACAACCCUUACCACUGCACUUGUGAGCUCCAUGCUUUCGUCCAGGAAACGCUGUCCAAAGGAAAGGUUAACCUGACGGACUGGCCCUGGAACUACAAGUGUUACCACCCUGAGCCUUUGCUCAACACAGUCAUAUCCAAAUACUUUCCAGGUCAUGUGGCCUGUGAUAUUAGACUGGUUAUCAUCAUCUGCGUCGCGACCACUGCAGCUGUGAUCUUGAUAAUGAUGGUGAUUUGCUAUAUUUUUGACCUUCCGUGGUACACUAAAGCCACGUAUCAGAUCAUCAGGGCCAAAUACAGAGCUCACAAGGAAAAACUGGCGGGGGAGCCCGAGCCUUUUACUUAUCACGCCUUUAUAUCCUAUAGCCACGCUGAUGCAGACUGGGUGAGGGACCAGCUCUUGCCCUGUUUGGAGAACAACAGGAACCCUUAUCGUCUGUGUAUUCAUGAGAGGGACUUCAUGCCAGGAAGGUGGAUCAUCGAUAACAUCAUUGACAACAUUGAAAACAGUCGUAAGGUGAUAUUCGUCCUCUCCCGGCACUUUGUCAACAGCGAGUGGUGCAACUAUGAGCUGUACUUCGCUCAGCAGAGAGCAAUGGGAAAGUCCUUUAGUGACGUCAUACUAGUAGUGAAGGAGCCCAUUGAUCCCAACUCCCUGCCUAGCAAGUACUGCAAGCUCAAGAAGAUGCUUAGUACCAAGACAUACCUGGAGUGGCCCCAUCAGGUCAACCAGCAGGCUUUCUUCUGGGCGCAGCUGAAGAGUGUUCUGGGAAAGCCAACGAUGAGCAGAGAAGGAACGCACAGUGUGAAGCGCAGAACCUCAUCUGAGGGAGGCGUUUCUGUGAUACAGCUCCCCAUGGAGGAUAGGAGGCCAGAAGAAGAAGCACCUAAUUUAGACAAAGAAGCAGAGCCCAAAAACAAGAUUAUUCAAAGGAGAAAAGUAUCAGUUGCCAGUUGCCAUAAACCGCCUGUGGUUGCCUUACAUGGCCAGGUGGCUCACCUGUGUGGGCAGGUGAUGAUGCCGCUGCCGUCCAGAGGAAAGGAGGGAGGGGCUUAUCUGAUCUGGAUGCAUCUGCUCACAGGUUUUAAUUGUGAGACAGAAAAAAUGUCAUCCAAGCAGGCUUGUGAGAAACCUUGUGACCCGCCCUCCACCCUGGAAAUGGCUAUUGGGGGCCUCAUCCAAGUGUUUCACUCCUAUUCUGGAAAAGAAGGUGACAAAUACAAGCUGGACAAUGGUGAGCUGAAGAACCUCCUCCAGGGCGAACUCUGCGGAUUCAUGUCCGGCAGCAAUGACCCCAAGGCGGUCGAGAAGAUUAUGGCUGACCUAGACGAAAACAAGGAUGGUGAAGUGGACUUCCAAGAGUUUGUCCUUCUGGUCGCUGCACUGACCGUCGCCUGCAAUGACUUCUUCACAGACUGUAGUGGGGGAGAGGAGAAGGAGAAGGAGAAGGCACCUUGCUCUAAGAAAGUCUGAUACUUCACAUUAAAUCAAUAAGCCUUUCUCGACAUAAUGUACUAACGAUGAUCAUCCUGUUGUGCACGUGAAGGUGUGAAUCAUUCCUUAAUCGCAGCGUCUUGUAAUGUUGAUGCAUCACUUCAGACCAACCAAACGUUUUCUUUUUGUCCUAAUAAACGAUGACAUCCUGUU